AUGACGUCACAGGCGUUGUUCAGUGCCCUGAUCCUGUGGCUCUGCCAUGUAGGAUUUGCUGCGCGCCCCAGCCAGGUGCUGGAUGAAUUUGGCAAGGAGCAGCUUGGGGACGUCGACACGGCCGAGGGAACAUACAUGUCCAGCAUGGAGGUGGGACAGAGGUUUGAGGUCGAGACGGACUUGGGAGGAUGGGAGCCGGUAACUCUCAGGAAGCGGCACCCCCACUUCGAAGUCGAGUUUGACAAUGGGGAGAAGCUGACCGUUGACACGCCCGACGAGAUCUCGAUUCGCCCGCUCAGUGGCAGCAAACGAGGUCCAAGCGUCGGCGCACUUGCCCAGAUCCAAAAGCAGCCGGAUCCAAGCGGCAGCAGGACGGAAGCGCCACAGGAGACGAGUGACCCUGAGGGCAGGCUUCAACGAGAGGUGCAGCGUCGCAAGGAGGCGGCGCAGGAGGACGAAGAUGGCGAGACGAGCGAAGGCGAGUCUGGCGAAGGUGAGUCUGGCGAAGGCGAGGACACCUUCGAGGAGGAGGAGGUGGAGAAUGAGCAAGCUCCGAUCGGAAUCAGCAAGCCGGUAAACAGCACGAUGGUGCCAGCGGGCGAGGCGGAGGAUGUCUCGGAGAGCGACGCCGAGGAAGAGGACACGUUACUGCCCAACCUGACCCUGAGCUUGCCCAACUCAACACCAACUACAAGAGAAGACUUGGAAGACUCCAAGGCCGUCUCAACAACGGCCGGUGCCGGGAACGCAGCAUUGACUUCCGAGGCGGCAGACAGCACUGGUGAAGAUUGGGAGGAAGACUCGGAGGCCGUCUCAACAACGGCCGGUGCCGGGAACGCAGCAUUGACUUCCGAGGCGGCAGACAGCACUGGUGAGGAUUGGGAGGAAGACUUGGAGGCCGUCUCAACAACAGCUGGUGUCUCGAAGACAUCAUUGACUUCCAAGGCCGUCUCAACAACGCCUGGUGUCUCGAGGACAUCAUCGACUUCGAAGGCGGCAGACAGCACUGGUGAGGAUUGGGAGGAAGACUUGGAGGCCGUCUCAACAACGGCUGGUGUCUCGAAGACAUCAUUGACUUCCAAGGCCGUCUCAACAACGCCUGGUGUCUCGAGGACAUCAUCGACUUCGAAGGCGGCAGACAGCACUGGUGAGGAUUGGGAGGAAGACUUGGAGGUGUCAAACCGAAGCCAAGCUUCGGUCGAGGCAGAGCAGCUGGAAGAUGUCGCGAGUGCCUCAAUCAAUGGAACAGAUCUGGAUGUGCUGGAGGAAGACGUUGUGGCUGCCAACCGUACCAAACGCCUCAACGAGGUAGAGGACACCGAAGAAGUCAUUGAGAACCUGACGCGGGUCUCUGAGAAGGCCUCUGCCAAGCUCAACGCCCAGCUGGACGACGACUACGCUGAGGUGAAGCAGGCGGCCGGAAGCUUGAGCAAAAAUCAGGGCGAGAUCACGCAGGGACUGAAAGCGUUGAGCAACGGCACCACGCAUUUGCAGGCAGAAAUUCCUGCAGAAGAAGGGGCUGGCUUGAAAAAGAUUGAGAAGGAUUUGGACAUGUCGCCGAAGUUGGAGGCUGUGAACGGCACGUCCAGCCCGCCUGGUGAGGAUAUGUCGGAGGAGGCGAGCACAGACACCAUGGAGGACUCUGAUAGCCAGGUGGAGAGCAGUCCGACAAGCACAGCAAUUCCAGCUGCGAAGGCAUCCGGCAGCUCGACCAGCGCGAGCCCGAAGGGUAGAUCUGCAAGCAGCUCGAGUGUGCCGGCCACCAAUAAGGUCAUCCCUUCUGCCACCAGCGAGGAUUCAGUGACCAAUGAGGCCAGCACUUCUGACACUGACAACACUGACAGUGGUGGGAGUUCCCCGCGUUCGGUGACCACGAAGGCCAGCACUUCUGACACUGACACUAGUUCCCCGCGUUCGGUGACCACGAAGGCCAGCGCUUCUGACACUGAAGCUGACACUGGUGGGAGUUCCCCGCGUUCGGUGACCACGAAGGCCAGCACUUCUGACACUGACACUGACACUGGUGAGAGUUCCCCGCGUUCGGUGACCACGAAGGCCAGCACUUCUGACACUGAUACUGACACUGGCGGGAGUUCCACGCGUUCGGUGACCACGAAGGCCAGGACUUCUGACACUGACACCGACACUGGUAAGAGAUCCCGGCGUUCGGUGACCACGAAGGCCAGCACUUCUGACACUGAUACUGACACUGGUGGCAGCUCCCCGCGCUCGGUGACCACGCAGGCCAGCACUUCUGACACUGACACUGACACUGGUGAGAGUUCCCCGCGUUCGGUGACCACAAAGGCCAGCACUUCUGACACUGACACUGACACCGGUGAGAGUUCCCCGCGUUCGGUGACCAUGAAGGCCAGCACUUCUGACACUGACACUGACACUGGUGAGAGUUCCCCGCGUUCGGUGACCACGAAGGCCAGCACUUCUGACACUGAUACUGACACUGGUGGCAACUCCCCGCGUUCGGUGACCACGAAGGCCAGCACUUCUGACACUGACACCGACACUGGUGGGAGUUCCCGGCGUUCGGUGACCACGAAGGCCAGCACUUCUGACACUGUCACCGACACUGGUGGGAGUUCCCGGCGUUCGGUGACCACGAAGGCCAGCCCUUCUGACACUGACACUGACACUGGUGACAGCUCCCCGCGUUCGGUGACCACGAAGGCCAGCACUUCUGACACCGACACUGGCACCCGUGACAGCUCCCCGCGUUCGGUGACCAUGAAGGCCAGCACUUCUGACACUGACACUGACACUGGUGAGAGUUCUCCGCGUUCGGUGACCACGAAGGCCAGAACUUCUGACACUGACACUGACAGUGGUGGGAGUUCCCCGCGUUCGGUGACCACGAAGGCCAGCACUUCUGACACUGACACUGACACUGGUGAGAGUUCCCCUCGUUCGGUGACCACGAAGGGCAGCACUUCUGACACUGACACUGACACUGGUGACAGCUCCCCGCGUUCCGUGACCACGAAGGCCAGAACUUCUGACACUGACACUGACACUGGUGAGAGUUCCCCGCCGAUGACCACGAAGGCCAGCACUUCUGACACUGACACUGACACUGGUGAGCGUUCCCCGCGUUCAGUGACCACGAAGGCCAGCACUUCUGACACUGACACUGACACUGGUGAGAGUUCCCCGCGUUCGGUGACCACGAAGGCCAGCACUUCUGACACUGACACUGACACUGGUGAGAGUUCCCCGCGUUCGGUGACCACGAAGGCCAGCACUUCUGACACUGACACUGACACUGGUGAGAGUUCCCCGCGUUCGGUGACCACGAAGGCCAGCACUUCUGACACUGACACUGACACUGGUGAGAGUUCCCCGCGUUCGGUGACCACGAAGGCCAGCACUUCUGACACUGACACUGACACUGGUGAGAGUUCCCCGCGUUCGGUGACCACGAAGGCCAGCACUUCUGACACUGACACUGACACUGGUGAGAGUUCCCCGCGUUCGGUGACCACGAAGGCCAGCACUUCUGACACUGACACUGACACUGGUGAGAGUUCCCCGCGUUCGGUGACCACGAAGGCCAUCACUGACACUGAAGCUGAUACCAUCGGGGAUGAUGUGGAUCUAGAGCAGGCCAAUACCAGCGGAGUGAUUGAGGAGCAGACGGACCCUCUGGCUUUCUCCGGUGACAUUGAAGAUGAUGAUUUGGCCGGCAAAGCUCAGGACUUCGGUGGAAAGUGCCCGGCAGUGAAAGUUGCAGGCUACAAGCUGGUGCUGAGAGGCUUUUGGAGCCCAAGUACCCCUUUGGCAAUACACUCAUCUCUGGCACAAUGUGCUGAGCUGUGCAGCGGGCAUCCCAACUGCCUGCGCUUCAGCUUCCAGAAAUCGGGUGUUUGCAGCGUCUACAGCCGCCUGGAUGGCGCUCCAACUCUCACGGACGCCUGUAGCUAUGGCUUUGACCAGGGCGAGGAUGACGAGGUGACCACCACGGCUUCACCUCAGGCAAAGGGAAAAGCAAUCACCGUGACCACGGCAAGGAGAGAGUACUGCGGACCCCACGCCAAACGGAAGCGUGCUGACGCUGAAGCAACCAGGAAGAACCUGUGCAACAUGCUGGCAGAGUUGGACAAGUUGCGAGGAGCCCGCAAGAGAAAAGUUCACCCGCCCGGAGCCGGGGUUCGCAGCAUCGUCAAGAAGGUCGUCAUCGCGGAGCCGACUCUGGGCUCCGACGAGGUGCAGGAGGAGGAUGUGGCCAAGGCCCAGGCCCUGGCCUGGAGGAAGCCUGAUACCGCAGAAAUUCUCCCUGAUCCAUCGAAGUGGGACCCGGGAUAUGAAGCAGAAGCGGCUGGCAAGCAGGUCUUACAGCUGAAGGAUCCACGAACUUGGCCUUCAAGCUCGGCCCCGGCCCGGAGGAAGCCUGAUAUCGCAGAAAUCCUUCCUGAUCCAUCGACCUGGUCAGACCAGGGAUAUGAAGCAGAACGUCCUGGCAGGCAGGUCUUGAAGCUGAAGGAUCCACGAACUUGGCCUUCAAGCUCUGGCACGGGAUAUGAAGCAGAAGCGGCUGGCGAGAGGGGAUUGCGGCAGAAGGAUCCACGAACUCGGUCUUCAAGAUCGGACUCGGGAUAUGAAGCAGAAGCGGCUGGCGAGAGAGGAUUGCGACAGAAGGAUCCACGAACUCGGUCUUCAAGAUCGGAGCCGGAAUAUGCAGAAGAAGCAGCUGGCGAGACGCGAUUGCGGCAGAAGGAUCCACGAACUCGGUCUUCAAGCUGGGAGCCGGAAUAUGAAGAAGAAGCAGCUGGCAAGACGCGAUUGCGGCAGAAGGAUCCACGAACUCGGUCUUCAAGCUGGGAGCCGGAAUAUGAAGAAGAAGCAGCUGGCGAGACGCGAUUGCGGCAGAAGGAUCCACGAACUCGGUCUUCAAGCUGGGAGCCGGAAUAUGAAGAAGAAGCAGCUGGCGAGACGCGAUUGCGGCAGAAGGAUCCACGAACUCGGUCUUCAAGCUGGGAGCCGGAAUAUGAAGAAGAAGCAGCUGGCGAGACGCGAUUGCGGCAGAAGGAUCCACGAACUCGGUCUUCAAGCUGGGAAGAGCCCGAGACCGAAGAGACGCUCACUGUUAGCUCUCACGAAGCAGGCGCAGGUUCCCAGAGCGACGCAGAGGAUUUGCGAGCACUACUGGCAGAAGUCGGAGCAAAGUUGGAGGCAGUCGAGGACGACCCCGAGCUCUCGACAGCAGAGGAGGUGAAGCGAGCACGGCAUGCCUUGAAGCCUUUGAACACGACGGUGCAUGAUCUCGCCUUGGCGCCAGGUGCUUUGCUGCAGCAGAAACUUCAAAGACUUCUGGAACUGGAUGCAGGGCGGGGCUGA